AAAUUGAAACAGGAAGAACGUAUUAUACCCGAAUCAGUAAACGAUUUACGCGAGGCUAUUUAUUGUAAUGACCCAGUGAAGGCGGUCAUCAUUGACGUAGAUUUCAAUUUGACAGCAGCUAAACUAAUGCGUGCACAUGUGCACCUUAAAAAUCCAGAUUGUCUUUUUAUAGGAGGCGCUGCGGAUGUUUUGAUACCAUUUGGUGGCAUGGAUGUAAUCGGGUCUGGUCCAUUUAUAAGUGUUGUUGAGGAGUCAACAAAACGUAAAGCCACAAUACUAGGAAAGCCAGGAUUGCAGUUAUGUGAACUUUUAAAACGUAACUACAGUCUUCAGGAUGCUAAACGUGCGCUCUUCAUAGGUGACAGCUUAACAAGCGAUAUUAAGUUUGGCAAAAUGUGCGGUUUUCAGACUCUGCUGGUCUUGACCGGUGGUACCAAAUCUGCAGACUUAAACAAAUAUUUAUCACUAAAUGAAACGCCAGAUUUUAUAGCAAACACUCUAGCUGAUUUAUGUGAACUUAAAUCAUAAAUUUAUAAAAAAUCAUAUA